GGACCACGGCAGUACUCACAGUGGGACAGCAGAUGAAGGAGAGCUUCUGUCUCACAGGGACACUCGAGGCGAUCUGGGCCAGGAUGAACAUCCGAGUGGUGCAGAUCUUCGGCUUCCUCUUCACCGUACUGGGCUGGAUCUUCGUGGCCUGCACCAUGGCCAUGGAGUACUGGAAGAUCACCACCAUUGGAGGGCUGGGCGGAUCCAACAUCAUCAAGGUGGCCUGGUACUGGUCCAGCCUGUGGAGAGCCUGCUUCACCGACUCCACCGCCGUCACCAACUGCAUCGACUUCCCUGUGCUCUGGUCCGUGGAAGGCUACGUGCAGGCGGUGCGGGGGCUGCUGAUGAUCGGGCUCUCAGUGGGCAUGCUGGGCUUCGUGCUGUGUCUGACGGGCAUGGAAUGCACCUACAUCGGCGGGAAGGACAAACACAAGAACCGCACGGCUCUCACCGGGGCGCUCUGCCACAUCAUCGGCGCGAUGUCAUCAUUUGCUGCCUACGUGGUCUACGCGUACCAUGUGUCGGAUGAAUAUCUGAACCGCUUUUUUGGGGACCAGAAGUACGAUUUAGGAACUCCUCUCUUUCUUGGGUGGGUGGGGGCCAUGUUUGAAAUGACUGGAGGUGUGUUCUACUGUGUGUCUGUGCACAAACUUCUCAGCCAGAAGAAGCCCGCUGAGACGGAGAACGACGCAGAGUCAAAGGAAACCGAGGCUGCAUCCAAGGCUGGAUCCGAGGCUGGAUCCAAGUCCAAACUCUACGAGAAAUCGGCGCCCGACGCAAAGCCCAAAUCUGUCAAAUCCAGGCUCUCCUCGGAAUCCGCGCUCUCCUCGGAGUCGUCCAUUUCCUCGAAGUCGGACCUCUCCUCCAGGUCGGAGGAGAGCGGGCGCGGCAGCGAGAGCAGCAGCAGCAGCAGCAGCGGCGGCAGCACUGUGGGCUCCCUGUCCAGCGGCAGCAGGAGCGGCAGGAGAUCCGCAAACAAGAACUCUUACGUGUGACAAAGCGCCGACACAAAGUGGGACCACACCAUCGGGCAGGAGAGCAAACAAAUCUGAACUGCUCAUGAAAGUGCGGCCGCAUCAUUUUCAUUUGGGCCGUAUGUGAUAAUAAUGAUCGCAAAAUUAGCAUUAAUUAAUGUUAAUCUAACAUUCAUGUAGGCCUAUACUAUUAGGGGAAAAAAAGGAUUCAGACAUUUUUUUUUUUUGGCUUGUGUUCAUAGGGGAACCAUUCUUAGUUAUUUUUGGAACUCUCUAUGGUAUUGUGUGAAGUGUGAAAUCUCCCAGAUAAGACCAUGACACAGAUGAGCCUUUUGGUAGAGAGAACAUUUUAGUAAAUACUGUAAAUCCCAUACUUUUAGAACAGCUUAAUUUCACAUUUGAACAUUUAGGCUAUGAUGUGUGCACAAGCAUUUUACUUUCAGUAUUGUCUGUGUGUAGGCUACUGUAUGAAUAUCGGCAGAGGUUAAACUGGGAUUUGAGAGCUGGGGGAACCAUUUU